UGGAGUCAACCGAACCGGUUCACCAUGAUUCUGGGAUUAUUUCUACUCUCGAUGGUUGUGAGUUUGCUGGCUCAAGACAUUGUUUUCCCGGGGGCCGAAAUUGGAGAAUUGAAAAAUCGAAAUGCAUCAAAAACUCGGCAUUGUCCCCCGAACAUGAUGUACGUCCCCGAGGAAGACGCCUGCGAAUGCGAGACAGGAUUCCUGUACUACGGUCCGACCGACGGCUGCUACGCGCCGUACCAGAGGGGCCCAUGUCCCCCCGGCGAGCACCUGGUUCUCCCCAGGGGCUCGGAAAUCGCCAAGUGCCUGGCGAACCCCUGCGGCAACAACGGCACCGUCCCCUUCGAGAACACCUGCAUCCACCUCCUGACCCCCGGCCCCCCGUGCACCGGAGGACAAGCGGCGGUCGUCGACGAAGCCACUUACGAAUUAUCCUGUCGGAGUGUCGGGGCCAUUCUCUACCAGAUCAUCACCGCGCCCGUCCGAGGAUGCAGGCGCGGGUCGAGGAGAAUAGCCAGUGGAAAGUGCCGAGCGAUUCUUUAAUUGACAACUAGUGUGAUUGGUUCACCAGCGGUGAAGACUCAUCGACCGAAUUAGUCGUUUCACUUCAGGAAAAUUACGGACUUCAGAAAUCGGCUGAAUCAUUUUUUCAAUAUUUUUUUAUCCCUCGGAAUUUUGAAAAAUAAAAAUCUUGCAGAGGAUUGUCAAGAACGAGUUUGCACGAAAAUUAAA